GGCUUUUCCUGGGUCUUAACUGAAGGGGCCGAGGGUUUUUUCGCCUCGUUUCACGACCACCGCUGCUGCUCCCUCCCCUUCUUUCCUUUUCGCUACUCCACUAUCUUUCCCGCGAUAGGAUACGACUCGAUCCGUAUAUGUAGAUACGGAGAGAGAAGUUGGGAGGGCAGGAAAUACCGAUUUCGGAAGGGAAAUAAAAGAUACGACGGGUAGGGUUAGGGUUUGUGGUUGCAUCUCCCCGGAUCGGACUGGCUGGAGGAGAAGAUGGACGUGGAUCCGGUUCCCGCGAACUCCCAUGGCAACCUCGAAGAGCAGAUCUCGCAGCUCAUGCAGUGCAAGCCGCUAUCCGAGCAAGAGGUUAGAGUUCUUUGUGACAAGGCUAAGGAAAUUUUGAUAGAAGAAAGCAAUGUCCAGCCUGUGAAAAGCCCUGUGACAAUAUGUGGUGACAUUCAUGGGCAAUUUCAUGAUCUUGCAGAGCUAUUUCGGAUUGGUGGAAAGUGUCCGGAUACCAAUUACUUGUUUAUGGGAGAUUAUGUAGAUCGUGGGUAUUACUCUGUUGAAACUGUUACGCUUUUGGUGGCCCUGAAGGUGCGUUACCCUCAACGCAUUACUAUCCUUAGGGGAAACCACGAGAGUCGUCAGAUUACACAAGUUUAUGGAUUUUAUGAUGAGUGUUUACGAAAAUAUGGUAAUGCAAAUGUGUGGAAGAUUUUCACAGAUCUUUUUGACUAUUUUCCGUUGACAGCAUUGGUUGAAUCAGAAAUAUUUUGCCUUCAUGGUGGUCUGUCUCCACAUAUUGACACUCUCGAUGGUAUACGUAACUUUGAUCGUGUUCAAGAAGUUCCUCAUGAGGGUGCAAUGUGCGAUCUCCUAUGGUCUGACCCCGAUGACCGAUGUGGUUGGGGUAUUUCUCCUCGUGGUGCUGGAUAUACCUUUGGUCAAGAUAUAUCAGAGCAAUUCAAUCAUACCAACAACCUUAAACUAAUAGCUAGAGCUCAUCAAUUAGUCAUGGAGGGAUAUAACUGGGGACAUGAACAAAAGGUGGUAACCAUAUUUAGUGCACCUAACUAUUGCUACCGAUGCGGGAACAUGGCAUCCAUCUUGGAAGUUGAUGACUGCAAAGGACACACAUUUAUCCAGUUUGAGCCAGCACCCAGGAGAGGAGAACCUGAUGUAACUCGUAGAACACCCGAUUAUUUCCUAUGAUGCUAUUGUUGCAGGCUUAGCUGACACAGGAAGCAAUUGUCUGCUUGCUAAUUAAUUGGGGACAGUGUUGCAGAUAUUUUUGGAAGAUAGACUUACAUUUUUUUUCUCAAGAUCCUAUGCUUGAUGGUAUGGGGAUAAAGAUCAAUUUAUAUGUGAGUUCCUGCUCACUCUGGCUUUCUUUCUGUUUUGCCCCUUUCUUUUCUUUAUUUUUUCAAUCUAAAAUGAUCUUGUAGAGGAAAGGGAUCUAAUUUUCAGAGGGCGGUUUUCUUAUGGGUUGGUUUUCACUAGACAAGUUAUUUUUACUGGUUCUCACGUCUGUAAGUUUAUAGGAAGAUACUGUUGACACAAUCUGAUUCCAAUCUCCUGUGAGUUCCUUUGCUGGUACCGUGAAAAAUUAUUUUGCAUAUGAUCUUCGGUUUGAGCUUUUUGUGGCUAUCGACUAAUGUUAAGGUGAAGCUCUUAAUGGAAUCUCUCUUGACAAGUUUCA